GAAUGGCCAUCAUGCCGCUCGUUGUCGGCCAUUUUUACAAGUACAAGCUCCCUGAAACACAAAACACAACAAAAUCCCGUUAUUAUUGUAAACAUUAACGGAGUACACCGCUGCGGUGAAACGCAAACAGCAAUCAUGUCAGACUUUAUUGAGAGCGAGGCUGAGGAGUCAGAGGAGGAGUUUGAAGAGAAAGACCUCAAACCCCAAAAGACCCAGAGGUUUUUGGAGGAAGAUGAUGAAGAGGAAGAAGAGAACACAGAAGACCAGGAUGAGCGAGGAAAUUUACGUGGACUCAUUGAUGAUGGAGAGGAGGAAGGGGAAGAGGAGGCACGUCCAAAUGCAAGUGCAGCAGGGAGUGACUCAGAAGAAGAAGUUCGGCAUCGCCGAAAAAAGCGCAAUUUUGACGACCGCCUCGAUGAAGAUGAUCUAGACCUAAUUGAGGAAAACUUGGGUGUAAAAGUGAAACGGAGGAAAAAGAAAUACGACCGUGUAAAAACGCUUGAUGAUGAUGAAGACGAUGAUGAUGACCAGAAGGACCAGAUCGCAGAUGAGAUAUUUCAUGGUGAUACAGAGGGAGAGCUAGAGGAAGGCGAGGCUGUCGAUGAGCCUAUCCACCACGCAGAUGAUGAAGAAGAAGGAGAGGACGAGGAGUCAGAUAUAGACGAUUUUAUUGUUGAUGAUGAUGGCCAACCCAUCACCAAAAAGAGGGGCAAGAAAUUCUCAGGAUACACAGACGCAGCCCUCCAGGAGGCCCAAGAAAUAUUUGGUGGAGACUUUGACUUUGCUGACUUCGAUGCAGACAAUUACGACCAGGGGGAGGAAGAGGACCAGGAUGAAGAAGGUUGGGACCGACCCAAGAAGCAGACGAAGAGGAGGCAGGGGAGGAAGAGCAUCUUUGAGAUCUACGAGCCCAGUGAGCUGGAAAGUAGUCACAUGACUGACCAAGACAAUGAGAUCCGCUCUACAGAUAUGCCCGAAAGAUUUCAGUUACGAUCCAUCCCUGUUAAACCUGCUGAGGAUGAUGAGCUGGAAGAGGAAGCAGAGUGGAUCUUCAGACAUGGCUUCUCCACUCUUACUAUCUCCAUGCAGGAGAGCACAGAUUAUCUAGACAGGGGAACAACCACAAACUUCAGCAGGAAAGGCCCUAGCACAAUUGCUAAGAUUAAAGAGGCCCUCAACUUCAUGAGGAAUCAACAAUUUGAGGUCCCAUUCAUAGCUUUCUACAGGAAAGAAUAUGUGGAGCCUGAGCUAAACAUCAAUGACCUGUGGAAAGUGUGGCAGUGGGAUGAAAAGUGGACUCAACUGAAGACACGGAAGCAGAACCUGACCCGUCUGUUUCGAAAGAUGCAGUCUUACCAGUUCGAGCAGAUCUCAGCCGACCCUGACAAGCCUUUGGCUGACGGCAUCCGUCCUCUGGACACCCCUGACCUGGAGAGGCUAAAAGAUGUGCAGACUCUCGAAGAGCUGGGUGAUGUGUACAACCACUUUCUGCUUUACUACGGCCGAGACAUCCCCAAGAUGCAGAAUAUUGCCAAGCCGAGUAAGAAGAGGCUCAAGAAGAUCAAAGAAGUGACAGAGGAUGGUGAAGAAGAAGAAUUGGAGGUAGAGGUAGAAGAAGAAGAUCAGAAAGCACCUGACCUCAAGCUGGCGUCUCGUAGAGAUAUGUACACCAUCUGUCAGAGCGUGGGACUUGAUGGCCUGGCUAAAAAGUUUGGGUUAACUCCAGAGCAGUUUGGAGAAAAUUUGAGAGACAGUUACCAGCGUCACGAGACCGAGCAGUUCCCAGCUGAACCGGUAGAGCUCGCCAAAGAUUAUGUUUGCAGUCAGUUCAGCACUCCUGAGGCAGUGCUGGAGGGAACCAGGUACAUGGUGGCCAUGCAGAUUGCGCGUGAACCGCUGGUCCGACAUGUUCUCCGACAGACCUUUCAGGAGAGGGCCAAGAUCAACAUCAAGCCGACAAAGAAGGGCAAAAAGGAGGUAGACGAGGCUCAUUUUGCCUACUCCUUCAAGUAUCUUAAGAACAAGGCCGUAAAAGAGCUGAAUGGGGAUCAGUUCUUGAAGAUGUGCCUGGCAGUGGAGGAGGGGCUGCUUUCCAUUGACAUCUGUAUCGACCUUAUCGGGGUCAAAGGGUAUGCUGGGGACCAGACAUACUUUGAUGAGAUCAAACAGUUCUACUACAGGGAUGAGUUCAGUCACCAGGUGCAGGAAUGGAACAGGCAGCGUACUCUAGCCAUAGAGAGAGCGCUCACCCAGUUCCUCUACCCCCAGAUGGCCAAGGAGCUCAAGAGCAAACUGAUCACUGAGGCCAAAGAGAGCAUCGUCAGGGCCUGCUGCCGUCGGUUGUACAACUGGCUCAAGGUGUCUCCUUACCGACCAGACCAGCAGGUUGAGGAAGACGAUGAUCUGAUGGAUGAGAGUCAGGGCAAAGGCAUCCGGGUGCUGGGUGUAGCCUACGCGCCCAGCAGAGAUACACCAGUUUUCUGUGCUCUGAUCAAUGGGGAAGGGGAGGUGGUCGACUUCUUGCGUCUGCCCUACUUCAUGAAGAGGAGGAAUGCCUUUAAGGAGGAUGACAGAGAGAAGAAGGCCUUUGACAUCGAAACUCUCAAGAAGUUUCUGUCCGGCAAGAAACCUCAUGUGGUAGCUGUUGCUGGGGAAAACCGAGAUGCUCAGAUGAUGAUGGAGGACAUCAAGAGGGCGAUCAGCGAGCUGGAGCAGGAGUCCUCUGUGCCGGCUGUUGGUGUGGAACUUGUUGACAAUGAGUUGGCGACACUGUACAUGAACAGCAAGAGAUCUGAGGUUGAUUUUAGGGAUUACCCUCCCUUACUGCGACAGGCUGUGUCGAUAGCCAGGAAGAUCCAGGAUCCCCUGAUUGAGUAUUCUCAGGUGUGCAGCUCUGAUGAAGACAUUCUCUGCCUCAAACUUCACCCACUGCAGGAACAUGUGGUGAAGGAAGAUCUGCUCUGUGCUCUUUACUGUGAAUUCAUCAACCGGGUAAAUGAGGUUGGAGUGGAUGUGAACAAGUCCAUUGCCCAUCCUCACACGCAGAGCCUCGUCCAGUUUGUCUGUGGACUGGGGCCAAGAAAGGGCUCCCAACUGCUCAAGAUUCUGAAGCAGAAUAACACUCGACUUGAAAACAGAACUCAGCUGGUCACAAUGUGUCACAUGGGCCCCAAAGUUUUUAUCAACUGUGCCGGUUUCAUCAAGAUCGACACAGCAUCGCUUGGGGACAGUACUGACUCGUACAUUGAGGUUCUGGAUGGAUCUCGUGUCCACCCUGAGACGUACGAGUGGGCUCGCAAGAUGGCUGUGGACGCUCUGGAGUACGAUGAGUCGGCAGAAGACGCCAACCCAGCCGGAGCUCUGGAGGAGAUCUUGGAAAAUCCAGAACGUCUCAAAGAUCUGGACUUGGAUGCCUUUGCUGAAGAGCUUGAGAGACAGGGUUACGGCAACAAGGGGAUCACUCUGUAUGAUAUCCGAGCAGAGCUGAGCUGCAGAUACAAAGACCUGAGGGUCGCCUACAGAGUCCCCAACACUGAGGAGGUCUUCAACCUGCUCACCAAGGAGACUCCUGAGACCUUUUAUAUUGGUAAGCUGAUCACCAGUAUAGUAACUGGUAUUGCUCACCGGCGGCCUCAGGGAGAGAGCUAUGACCAGGCCAUCCGUAAUGAUUCUACGGGCCUGUGGCAGUGUCCCUUCUGCCAGCAGGACAACUUCCCUGAACUCAGUGAGGUGUGGAAUCACUUUGACAGCGGCUCAUGUCCAGGUCAGGCCAUUGGGGUGCGGUGCAGAUUAGAUAAUGGCGUCCAUGGAUUCAUUCCCACCAAGUUUCUCAGUGACAAAGUGGUCAAACACCCUGAGGAGAGGGUCAAGGUGGGCAUGACAGUUCACGUUCGCAUCAUGAAAAUCGACAUUGAAAAGUUCAGCGUCGACCUCACAUGCCGCACCUCAGAUUUGAUGGACAAGGCUAAUGAGUGGAAGCUCCCCAAAGACAGCUACUAUGACUUUGACACGGAGUCCGAAGACCAAAAGCAUGAGGAGGAGCUCAAGAAGAAACAACAGCGAACACCAUACAUCAAGCGUGUGAUUGCCCACCCCAACUUCCACAAUAUUAGUUUCAACCAGGCAGAGAAGAUGAUGGAGACCCUGGACCAGGGGGACUUGAUCAUCAGACCCAGCAGCAAGGGAGAGAACCACCUCACAGUCACCUGGAAGGUGGCCGAAGGCAUCUACCAACAUGUGGAUGUGAGAGAAGAAGGCAAAGAGAACGCGUUCAGCUUGGGGCACACUCUCUGGAUCAAUACUGACGAGUUUGAAGAUCUGGAUGAAAUCACUGCUCGGUACAUUCAGCCGAUGGCGUCAUUUGCCAGGGAUCUACUGGGGCAUAAGUACUUCCAGGACGGCCUCUGGGGGAAAAAGGAGAAAAUGGAGGAGUUAUUGGUCAAGACAAAGAGGGAGAAGCCUACUUUCAUCCCCUACUUUCUUUCGGCGUGUAAAGAUAUGCCAGGGAAAUUCAUACUGGGCUACCAGCCUCGCGGAAAACCACGGGUCGAGUAUGUGACCAUCACCCCGGACGGCUUCCGCUAUCGUUCACAAGUAUUCCCGACAGUGAAUGGACUAUUCCGUUGGUUUAAGGACCAUUACCAAGAGCCUGUGCCAGGCGUCACUCCCAGCAACAGCAGCCGAACAAGGACUCCCGCGUCCCUGAACGCCACCCCAGCCAAUAUCAACAUGGCAGACUUGACGCGAGCUGUCAACGCCCUCCCACGCAACAUGACCUCUCAGAUGUUCAGUGCCAUCGCCUCAGUCACAGGCCAGGGCCAGAACCCCAACACCACCCCCGCACAGUGGGGCUCCAGCCAGUAUGGCUACGGUGGCAGCACAGGAGGACAAGGGGGAGGAGGGGGGGGGAGCUCCUCUGCUUAUCAUGUAUUUUCCACGCCUCAGCAGCCCAUUGCGACUCCCUUGAUGACGCCCAGCUACUCUUACACCACGCCGAGCCAGCAGGCGCUGGGCACGCCGCAGUACAGCAGCUCCACCCCGCAGUCCUCACACUCUCACUCGCACGGCCCUCCACACGGCGGCAGCAGCCAUGGGUCACACCACAGCCAUCCCGACCACAGCGGUCACCACAGCCACUCAUCCGGUACUCCGACAUCCUCGACCUCAUCCAGAGGAAGGACACCGCAGCAGCAGACGCAGACUCAGCCGCAGACGCAGCAGCAGCAGCCGCCGGUGGCGCCAAAGGCCAGCGGCAGCAACGCCUCCGCAGUGGACUGGGGCAAGAUGGCCGAGCAGUGGCUGAAGGAAAAAGAAGCAGAGGGGCGGAAGAAAACCCAGAGGAUGACGCCGCGGCCGUCGCCCAGCCCGAUGAUCGAGAGCACGCCCAUGUCCAUCGCCGGAGACGCCACGCCCCUCCUGGACGAGAUGGACCGAUAGGACACGGAGGGGGGAUUCGCUACACCCCCCCGCCCCCCAACUCAAACAUCCGUUGUGCUGCUUCUUCAUCUGGAUAGCCCUCCACCU